AAGCCUCAACACCCCACCCGCGUCCCCGCCCGCAAGCACAAACCAACGAGAAAGUCGGUGGUCUACAAGCCAGUGAAUAAUGAGGAGCCCAAGCGCUACACCUUCAAGUACGACGUGGAGGAGGAAGGCGCUCAGUACACCCACUCGGAGGCCUCUGACGGCAAUUCUGUCAGCGGCUUCUUCCGGCUGCGCCUCCCCAACAACCACCACCACGACUUCACCUACGUCGCUGGCUGAUCUGGAGGCACCUAACCUCAGUUCCGGAUCGGUCUUUACGGCCAACAAGUUACUUUUAUCAUCACACAACGUUUCCUCUAGUCAUUAUCCUGUGCGCGCCACCUGUCCUCAUCACUUCAUCACCAGCAUCAUCUCAAUCGCGUGUGUCACGUCUGCAUAAUAUUAUGUAUUAUAUAAUCACCAAUAGACACUUCACGCUCUCUCCCCUCUCUGCAUAAAGCAUCCAAUCCAUCUGCCACGGCACUGAUCUCUCACUUUCAAUCACCAUCAAAGCCUCAUGUCAAAAUCGUCGUCUCGAUCGACAUGCCUAUGAUAAAUUAGUUGAUUACUUUUAAAGGAGAUGUUUCGUUUGCCUACAAGUCCGUCAGACAUAACGCUAAAUAUCGGCAAAAUAACAAGAAACAUGAAACUGUCCGGUCUGCUAGCUCCUUUUAUGGCGAAACAUUCUUCUUCUCAUUACACGUCUGUUUAAUUCUUUGAAAAAAAGAAUAAUCAAAACUCACAAAUGUUUUGUUUUUUUGUGAAUAAAAUAUAUUAACCAUAUCAUGAUUUCCUU